AUGACGAUGGCUCAGUCGCAGAUCCAGCUGUCUACGCCGCAUUCGACACCAGACCUGGGUGUAACUGUUCCGCCGGUAUCAAUUUGCCUCCCCAACGAUGCCAAUGCUCGACUGCGAAGCCGUCUAGCUCUGGAUACCUACUCGUCGCCCGUCAACCAGAAUGGCAGCUUUGAAUUCGACCGCGUCGUGAAGAGCGGCUACCUGCAGAAGCGCACGCAAAAGACGAAGGCUUGGAAAUCAAUCUACCUCGUCCUCAGACCUAAUGCGCUUUCCAUCUACCGAUCUGACAAGGAGGACAAGCUGCGACACAAGCUGUACUUGGCCGAUUUGACGGCCGUCGCUCUGCUCAAGGACCCAAAAAACAAGAGAAAGAAUGUGUUCGGGCUGUUCUCGCCGGCGAGGAACUACCAUUUUCAGGCCAGCAGCAGUCACGAUGCCGAAGAAUGGGUUGAGUUGAUUAGGAACCAUGCCCGGAUCGAGGAGGAACAUGAGGAGCUGCUACUCGCAAGCCCAACGGGACGGCGCCAGUCGUAUAUGGCUGUCAGCGGCUCUGGCCAAACCGGGGAGACGACGAAAGCCGAGAGAUUGGCAUCAAGCUCCCCAGAGCCGCUAGAACCCCCGGUGCCACUCUUCGUCGGCUCAACCCAUCGCCGCCCAUCCCAGAUGGCGGACACCGCUGGCUAUUCGGGCAAUGAACUCGCGUCGCAUUCUGACUUCUCCGACAACGACAUACAGCGGAUACAGGGAAUGUCAAUCGAGAACUUGGCUGUCCAGUCCCCAUGCGAGGGCUCGCAGGAUCGGCCUGGCCUUGGACGCAAUGCGAGCCAGGUCAGCGGCCUGAACGUCGAGCAAGACCCGGAUCGUGUCAUCUGGCAGGGCUGGCUCUGGUUCCUCAAGAGCAAGGGCGGCGUGAAACAAUGGAAGAAUUUAUGGGGUGUCCUCAGACCGCGGAACUUCAUCCUUUACAGGGACGAGUCUGAGUACACUGCGCAGUUCAUCAGACCCAUGUCGGCCAUUGUGAACGUGGUAGACAUCGAUCCCGUCAGCAAGACCAAGAAGCACUGUCUCCAACUCAUCACGGAAGAAAAAAGUUACCGAUUCUGUGCUCACGACGAAGAGUCGCUUAUCCACUGCCUCGGCGCAUUCAAGAGCUUAUUUGCCAAGCGACGAGAGCUCGAAACGCGGGGUCCUACUGGAGGAAACCAGUCCACAUCUGCAGUAUGA